UCGCCAGUGCGACGCCAGACAGCACUGCCUUGACUGGGAAGGUCAAUAGUGCCCGAGGGAAGGCGCGUGCCGACUUUUCGCCUGGGGUUACGGGCGCGUGCGCGUGGCUUCCCUGGCAGAGCGGAGCCCACAGUAAUCUGUGAGGUCCGUGGUUUGGCUCAGCCCUGGCGCAGACAUGCUGUGCCGGCUGGGCGGUAGGUGGCUGAGGCCGCUGCCUGCACUGCAGCAUGGGGCCCGGGACCGGCCGCUUGCGCCAGCCUCAACGGGCGGCGUUAAGCACUCUGCUCUGCCGGUGUGGGCGGUGGCGUCAGUCUCUGCAGUUGGCUCCGGCGGCCCUGGCAGCUGGUACGAGGCCCUGGCCACGUCGGCGCCGGUGCAUGGCACGGAGGAGGUGCUCCUGGGCGUGCACACCGCCACAGGUCUGCCCUGGUGGGCCUGCAUCGGUCUCACCACCGUGGCCCUCCGCGGCGCCGUCACGCUACCCCUGGCCGCCUACCAACACUACAUUCUGGCCAAGGUGGAAAAUUUACAGCCAGAAAUAAAAAACAUUGCAAGGCAUCUUAACCAAGAAGUUGCAGUUCGUGCAAAUCAGUUGAGAUGGUCCAAAAGAGUUGCCAGGCUCACUUAUCUAAAGAAUAUGCGGAGGCUUGUUUCAGAGCUGUAUGUUCGGGAUAACUGCCACCCUUUCAAAGCCACUGUUUUGGUCUGGAUUCAGUUUCCCAUGUGGAUCUUCAUGUCUGUUGCUCUCCGGAAUUUUAGCACAGGGGCAACACAUUCAGAAGCAGGUUUUUCUGUUCAGGAACAGUUAGCUACUGAUGGAAUCCUGUGGUUUCCUGACCUCACUGCACUGGAUUCUACUUGGAUUCUGCCUAUCUCCGUUGGUAUCGUCAAUUUAUUAAUAGUGGAGAUUUUUGCUCUGCAAAAAAUUGGAAUGUCUCGUUUUCAGAUAUAUAUUACAUACUUUGUUCGUGCGGUAUCAGUGUUGAUGAUUCCAGUUGCUGCAACCAUACCUUCAUCGAUUGUGCUCUACUGGUUGUGCUCCAGCCUCAUGGGCCUUUCACAGAACUUGCUGCUGCGCUCUCCUCGGUUUCGUCAACUUUGCCGAAUACCGUUGACCAAGUCAGAUUCAGGCACUCCUUAUAAGGACCUCUUUGCUGCCUUUUACGCCAAGUUCAUUUCAAAAAAAUGACAUGCUUUCCAUUAAUUUUGAAACAAUUGCCAGUGUCAUUAUCACAAUAUAUUUAGGUUUAGAAAUUCAGAUUUGAUUUAAUUUAUCUUUAAAACCAUGAACUGUGUAAAGUACUAUGGGUUAAAAUAUAAUCCAAAUAUAUUUGACAAUACUUAAAAUCCUUUAAGUGCUAGAAAUAUAUGUUUAAUUGUAUCUUAAAAAUACAAAAGUAGAAUCAAAGUGCCUUGUUCUGCUUAUAAAAUUACAACUUGGUAGAGGUGCCAGAACUUUGGAAAAAAGGAUUAGAUACUGAAUGAUGUCGAAUUAUACUGACCAAUCUCAUACAUUAAAGUUUUUUAAAGAGAAUACAGUGAGGUGAUUCUUAAAAUUUUGGAGAUGUGGAGGAUCAUAGACCCGUUUGCACGUCUGCUAAGGCUAUGGUUUUCUUUUCAGAAAAAUCCUGGGACUCAGAACAUGGGUGCCUUGGUUGAUGAGCCUCCCUUCCCAUGCCCCGAGGCUUUCUGGUAAUUCCUGGUUGAGAAAUCUUAUUCUAAUGGAACACACAAUGAUGAUGAGUUAAUGUGUGACUUUUAAAAAAUGGACUUGAGAUACAUGCAGUAGAGUAAUCCUUAAAGGAAGUACCUAAUAUGGUAGGUGAUACUGCCUUUCAGCCCUGCUCUGAAAGAAUACAAGAAGGGUACAUUCCUUUUUCUGUAUCUUAAGACUGAAAAAAAAAAAAAAGACUGGACUAGAGUAUAGCACUAAG